AUGACAGCUGACAAGGAGAAGAAAAGGAGCAGCUCAGAGAGGAGGAAGGAGAAGUCCCGAGAUGCAGCCAGGUGCCGGCGGAGCAAGGAAACAGAGGUCUUCUACGAGCUGGCGCACGAGCUGCCCCUGCCCCACAGCGUGAGCUCACACUUGGACAAGGCCUCCAUCAUGCGGCUGGCCAUCAGUUUCCUGCGCACGCACAAGCUCCUGUCCUCCGUUUGCUCUGAAAAUGAAUCUGAAGCCGAUGCUGACCAGCAGAUGGACAACUUGUACCUGAAAGCCUUGGAGGGUUUCAUUGCUGUGGUGACCCAAGAUGGUGACAUGAUCUUUCUGUCGGAGAACAUCAGCAAGUUUAUGGGACUCACACAGGUAGAGUUAACAGGACACAGCAUCUUUGACUUCACUCAUCCCUGUGACCAUGAGGAGAUCCGUGAGAACUUGAGUCUCAAAAAUGGCUCUGGUUUUGGGAAGAAAAGCAAAGACAUGUCCACAGAGCGGGACUUCUUCAUGAGGAUGAAGUGCACAGUCACCAACAGAGGCCGCACGGUCAACCUCAAGUCAGCCACCUGGAAGGUCUUGCACUGCACGGGCCAGGUGAAGGUCUACAACAACUGCCCCCCUCACAGCAGUCUCUGCGGCUGCAAGGAGCCGCUGCUGUCCUGCCUCAUCAUCAUGUGUGAGCCGAUCCAGCACCCAUCCCACAUGGACAUCCCAUUGGACAGCAAGACCUUCCUGAGCCGCCACAGUAUGGACAUGAAGUUCACCUACUGCGACGACAGAAUCACAGAACUGGUUGGCUACCACCCUGAAGAGCUACUUGGCCGCUCAGCCUAUGAGUUUUACCAUGCACUGGACUCAGAGAACAUGACCAAAAGCCACCAGAACUUGUGCACCAAGGGUCAGGUGGUGAGCGGCCAGUACCGGAUGCUCGCCAAACAUGGGGGCUACGUGUGGCUGGAGACCCAGGGGACGGUGAUCUACAACCCUCGCAACCUGCAGCCCCAGUGUAUCAUGUGCGUGAACUACGUCCUGAGUGAAAUUGAGAAGAAUGACGUGGUGUUCUCCAUGGACCAGACGGAGUCGCCGUUUAAGCCGCACCUCCUGACCAUGAACAGCAUCUUUGAUAACAGCGGCAAGGCGGCUGGGUCUGAGAAGAGCAACUUCCUCUUCACCAAGCUGAAGGAGGAGCCCGAGGAACUGGCCCAGCUGGCACCCACUGCAGGAGACACCAUCAUUUCUCUGGAUUUCGGGACCCCGAACUUUGAGGAGUCCUCAGCCUAUGGCAAGGCCAUCCUGCCCCCAGGCCAGCAGUGGACCGGAGAGUUGAAGAGCCACAGCGGCCACAGCGAGGCCGGGAGCCUGCCCGCCUUCACCGUGCCCCAGGCGGCCGCCCUGGGGAACAGCACCCCCAGUGGCAGCAGCAGCAGCAGCUGCUCCACGCCCAGUAGCCCUGGAGACUAUUACACAUCUCUAGAUGACAGUCUGAAGAUUGAAGCAAUCGAGAAGCUCUUUGCCAUGGACACGGAGACGAAGGACCAGUGUGGCACCCAGACUGACUUUAACGAGCUAGACUUGGAGACCCUGGCGCCUUACAUCCCCAUGGACGGAGAGGACUUCCAGCUCAGCCCCAUCUGCCCCGAGGACAGCCUUCUGCCGGAGACCCCCCAGUCAACCCCCCAGCACUGCUUCAGCACCAUGUCAAACAUCUUCCAGCCGCUGGCUCCAAUGGCCUCUCACAGCACCUUCCUCCUGGACAAGUAUCAGCAGCAGCUGGAAAGCAAGAAGACGGAACCUGAGCAGCGGCGUGUGUCCUUCGCCUUCUUUGACGGUGGGAGCAAGGUGUCCCUGCUGCAGUGCUGUGGCCAGACCUGCACCCCUCUCUCCUCCAUGGGAGGCAUAUCCAACACACAGUGGCCCCCUGACCCACCAUUACAGCUGGGGCCCAUGAAGUGGCCUGGUGAAGAUCAGCACGCAGAGGCCUUGGGGGCAGCACCCUUGGGGCCUCCCAUUGCCACACCCCAUCUCGCCAUGUUCAAGAAGAGGUCUGCCAAGGGCUUCGGGCCUCAGGGUCCAGAUGUGAUGAGCCCGGCCAUGAUUGCCCUCUCCAACAAGCUGAAGCUGAAGCGACAGCUGGAGUAUGAGGAGCAAGCCUUCCAAGACAUGAGUGGGGGGGAUCCGCCAGGCAGCAGCACCUCACAUUUGAUGUGGAAAAGAAUGAAGAGUCUCAGGGGUGGUGGGACCUGCUCUCUGAUGCCGGACAAGCUGCCAAAUGCAAACGUCCGUAAUGAUGAGUUCAUCCAGAAUCCCGUGAGGGGCAGGAGCCAGCCCCUGAGACACUUACCACCACCACAGCCUCCGUCUGCCCCUAGCCCGGGGGAGCCCCCCAAGAGUGGGUUCCCCCCGCAGUGUUACGCCCCCCAGUACCAGGACUACAGCCUACCAGCGGCUCACAAGAUGUCAGGCAUGGCAAGCCGGCUGCUCGGACCCUCGUUUGAGCCCUACCUGCUGCCGGAACUGACCAGAUAUGACUGUGAGGUGAACGUUCCUGUUCCGGGAACCUCCACGCUCCUCCAAGGAGGGGAUCUCCUCCGAGCCCUGGACCAGGCCACCUGA